AUGGAAGCACUGAGGUUGGAGGAUGUCUCUGCCGCUAAGAAGAACGCAACCAAGGCUGCUGCUCCAGCUGCUGCCGCCCCAGCUGUCCCAGAGAAGAAGGACAAGAAGGACAACAUCAACAGAAAGCUCAAGAUCGAGAAGUUGAUCCUCAACAUCUGUGUUGGUGAGAGUGGUGAUAGACUCGUCCGUGCCGCCAAGGUGCUCGAGCAACUCACUGGUCAGACCCCAGUCUACUCUAAGGCCCGUUACACCGUCAGAUCUUUCUCCAUUCGUCGUAAUGAGCAGAUCGCUUGCCACGUCACUGUCCGUGGUGAGAAGGCCGCCGAGAUCCUCGAGAAGGGUCUGAAGGUCAAGGAGUUCGAGCUCCGCAACAAGAACUUCUCCAACAACGGUUCGUUCGGUUUCGGUAUCCAGGAGCACAUCGAUUUGGGCAUCAAGUACGACCCAGCCAUCGGUAUCUACGGUAUGGACUUCUUCGUCGUGUUGGGUCGCCCAGGUUUCCGUGUUGCCCGCAGAAAGAGAACCUGCUCCCGCGUUGGUUUCCAGCACAGAAUCACCAAGAUCGACACUGUCAACUGGUACAAGCAGACCUACGAGGGUAUCGUCAUUGGAAAGUAA